AUGGUAAUCCUAUACUAUCUAUCUAUCUAUCUAUCUAUCUAUCUAUCUAUCUAUCUAUCUAUCUAUCUAUCUAUCUAUCUAUCUACACACAUCUCUCUCUCUCUCUCUCUCUCUCUCUCUCUCUCUCUCUAUCUAUCUAUCUAUCUAUAUAAAUAUGUUCAUAUCUAUCUAUCUAUCUAUCUAUCUAUCUAUCUAUCUAUCUAUCUAUCUAUCAAACCGGAGUCUCGGUCUCCGCACUUCUUUCUCCUUCCUUCUCUUUUCUCCUUCCUUCUCUUUUCUCCUUCCUUUCGUCUUCUUUCUUUCAAUAUUUGCCUUCGUUUCUCUUCUUUUUUUUUACCUUUAAUUAAAUUCUAUCAAUUUUCUUUCCCUCAUUUCAUCAUUUUCACCCCGACUUCAUUCCACGCUUUUAUCUGGCACAAUGACUUCUUUCAUUCUUUCUUUCUUUUUCUUUCUUUCUUUUCCUUAAAAGGUCUUCUUUCUUUCUUUCUUUCUUUCUUUCUUUCUUUCUUUCUUUCUUUUCCUUACCGACAAUAUCUUCUUUCUUUCUUUUCCUUACAAUGUCUUCAUUCUUUCUUUCUUUCAUUGUUUUCCUUACAAAAAUGUCUUCUUUCUUUCUUCCUUUCUUUCUUUCUUUCUUUCUUUCUUUCUUUCUUUCUUUCUUUCUUUCUUUCUUUUCCUUACAAUGUCUUCUUUCCUUCUUUCUUUCUUUUCCUUACAAUGUCUUCUUUCUUUCUUUCUUUCUUUCUUUUCCUUACCGACAAUAUCUUCUUUCUUUCUUUUCCUUACAAUGUCUUCAUUCUUUCUUUCUUUCAUUGUUUUCCUUACAAAAAUGUCUUCUUUCUUUCUUCCUUUCUUUCUUUCUUUCUUUCUUUCUUUCUUUCUUUCUUUUCCUUACAAUGUCUUCUUUCCUUCUUUCUUUCUUUUCCUUACAAUGUCUUCUUUCUUUCUUUCUUUCUUUCUUUCUUUUCCUUACCGACAAUAUCUUCUUUCUUUCUUUUCCUUACAAUGUCUUCAUUCUUUCUUUUCUUUCAUUGUUUUCCUUACAAAAUGUCUUCUUUCUUUCUUCCUUUCUUUCUUUCUUUCUUUCUUUCUUUCUUUCUUUCUUUCUUUCUUUCUUUUCCUUACAAUGUCUUCUUUCUUUCUUUCUUUCUUUUCCUUACAAUGUCUUCUUUGUGUCUUUCUUUCUUUCUUUUCCUUACAGACAUUGCCUUCUUUCUUUCUUUCUUCAAUGAUUUUCUUUCAUUAAUUCAUUUUUUUCCAAUAUUUAAUUGGUUUUAUCCUUCUUUUUCUUCAAAUACUUUUCCUUCUUUCUCAUUUCUCUUCUUCUAUCUUAUUUCCUUCGAUUCUUAUUCCUACUUUCAAUCGCAUUUUCCUUCGCUCCAUGUUGUUGUUGUUAUUGUUGUUGUUGUUGUUCUUCUUCUUCUUCUUCUUCUUAUUAUUAUUAUUAUUAUUAAUCCUUCUCCUCUUCCUGUUCUCCUCCUACUACUCUUCUAUUAUUCUUCAUCCUCUUCUUAUUCUUUUAUUAUUCUUGAUCCGCCUCUUAUUAUUAUUAUUAUUCCUCUUCCUUUUUACUCUUCUUCAUCCUCUUCCUUCUUCCUCCGAAUUCUUCUUCUUCUGCCUUCUCCUUCUUCCUCUUCCUUCUUCCUCUUCCUCUGCCUACCUCUUCUUCUUCCUCUUACUUCUUCCUCUUCCUUCUUCCUCUGCCUACCUCUUCUUCUUCUGCCUUCUUCCUACUCUUCCUUCUUCCCCUGCCUACCUCUUCUUCUUCCUCUUACUUCUUCCUCUUCCUUCUUCCUCUGCCUACCUCUUCUUCUUCUGCCUUCUUCCUACUCUUCCUUCUUCCUCUGCCUACCUCUUCUUCUUCCUCUUACUUCUUCCUCUUCCUUCUUCCUCUGCCUACCUCUUCUUCUUCUGCCUUCUUCUUCCUCCUCUUCCUUCUUCCUCUGCUUCUUCAUCUUCUUCUUCUGCCCUCUUCUUCUUCUUCCAUCACCACAGUCAUCUUCUUCUUUUUCUUCAAUAAUUCCAUUAUAUUCUUUUCUUUCGUCUUUAUUUUCGAUGUCACCCUUCCCAUGA